CGGAUAUGCCAUGAAACAACCUAUAAGACGAGAGAAGAAGUCUGCUCCAUAAGGAAACAGCCAGCGAGCCGGCUUCUGCAUUCAGUAGGGUGAUUUUGAAGAACGUUCCAGCUUUUUUCAUACCGACCUAGGUACCUUACAUAUGUCUUUACAGAGCUUGAAGCAAUUGCGAUUCGGAUUUGGAGUCAAAUCUAUUCUACGUUCGUCAUCCACCACACAUAUCCGACAGAGCAAUUCUCGCCUUUUAGCAACCCCAUCUCGCAAAACUCCAAGCUCAUAUCACCUCUCAAGAGCAAGGUCAAUUCUCGGAAGUCGACACUUCGCAACCACCACCAUGAAGUUCACUACUCCCUCGAUGGAUCCGCCGAAGCAUGAGAUGGCUUACUUUCCGAACAUGACGACAUCGCUACCCAGCGAAUCUGGCGAGUUUCGCCGCGUCCUCUGGACGGGCUUGUACAGCCAGCUGGUGCUCAUGACAGUGCCUGUAGAUGGAGAGAUUGGUGACGAGAAACACACCGUCGACCAGAUCCUGACAUUCACGUCUGGACAAGGCAAAGCGACGAUCAACGGCGUCGACCAGGACGUCAAGGCUGGUGAUCUGAUCAUCGUUCCCGCCGGCACUCAGCAUCAAUUCAUCAAUACGGGCCCUACGCCUCUCAUUCUGUACACAGUAUACUCUCCUGCCGAGCACAAACCAACAACGGUGCAUAAGGAUAAGGAGCAGGGUGAUCGUGAGGAGGAGGAAGGUAUCGAUGUGCCGCCGGAAUGGAGUCAGAGGAGUAAGGCCGAGAACGAGAAGCUUGGGCUGGUCGAGCCGGAAGACCACUGAUGACGCAGUCUUUCAGACCAGGCUUGGGGUUGAAGAGUCGUAGGCGCAGUCGUCGAAGCCAGGAUCGAGCUCUUCGUAUCAGGACGAGUCUUCUGUGACAGAAAGAGUUCUAGGGUUAGAUUGAGAAGAUACUCCCAAUACCAACCAGUCUCAUCUCUUCUUCUUGCCCACAACCUUGGUAAAUCCGUCUUCAUCAACUUCAGGUUCGACCUUUUGUUUUGGCUGGGAGGAGCCGACCAGAGGAGGCGCUUCGUCC